UUCAAUGUAUCCGUAGUACCAUCUCUGUGAUUGUUGUCGCGUGUGAAAGUGUUGAAAGAGUUUUUUAGAUUCUUUUAGAGGGAGGUUCAUCACCUAACUUAUAAACAUACUCACAGAAUAGGAACAUUUCUGAGAGUACAAAAGCCCAAAAGUUGCAUUAGUCGAUUGCAGUUUUGUUCAUUGUUUAUUUUUCACCUUACAGGAAAGGUAUUCAAAUGAUGUAGCACUAUCAGUGGUUUCAUUUUGAAGUACAUUUAUCAACUUUUGAUUGUAGUAGACUUUACGACUUUAGAACUGUUUUUUAAAAUAAAGAAAUUAUUAAAUCAAUGGCUGUGAACUUGGGAGCUGGGCGCAGCUUAUCUUUCAAGAUCGUAUUAUUGGGCGAAGGUUGCGUAGGUAAAACCUCUCUAGUACUCAGAUAUGUGGAGAAUAAGUUUCAUGAAAAACACCUCAGUACUCUACAGGCCUCAUUUCUUGAUAAAAAACUGAACAUAGCUGGAAAAAGAGUCAACUUGGCCAUUUGGGAUACUGCAGGACAAGAAAGAUUUCAUGCUCUUGGACCUAUUUAUUAUCGAGAUAGUAAUGGAGCAAUACUUGUUUAUGACAUAACUGAUGAAGACUCAUUUAAAAAGGUUAAAAAUUGGGUAAAAGAAUUGAGGCAAAUGCUUGGUGAGGAUGUAUGUUUAAGUAUAGCAGGAAACAAAACAGACUUAGAAAAAGACAGAGCUGUUCCUGUUGGAGAAGCAGAAUCGUAUGCAGCAUCUGUGAAAGCUAAGCAUUUCACAACUUCUGCAAAACUCAACAGAGGUAUUGAAGAACUUUUCCUUGAUUUGACAAGACGUAUGAUGGAAGUCUCUGAAGCUCAGGAUAAUGCCAAUAGCAUGGGAAGAACUGGUGGUAAUCAAAGGCGAAAUGUAGUUAUAGUUGAUGAUGAACCUGUUCAGCAGAAAUCUGGUUGCUGUGGUGGUGGGUGAUAUAUGUAUGUUUCUUAAAACUGGAGACUGAAAUAUACAUACAAUGCGAUAUAACUUUUGAACAAUUCAUAAUGAGAAAUUGCUUCAUUUGAAUAACAUGCACUGAUAACUAAUUGUAACUGUACACAUGAGUGAUGUGUGUAUUGUUUGUGAAUGGGAAAAUUUAUUUUCCUUAAGCUGUGAAAAUAAAUUUGCUAUAAAUAUAAUCUUUUUUAUCUUGUUAAUUUCUCAAUUCUAAUCUAUAUACAAAUUUUCUGGAACCAAAAGUUGCUUUUUCAUGUGAGAAGACUAAGUCGAUGUGGCAGGAAACUUUUUAUGGCUGAAAUUAAUUUUUACUACAUUAAUGGUUUUUGAUAAUCAUUUAAAAAUGUAAAUCCAGUCAAAGUAUGUAUUGUUUUUUGAAAAAUACCAGGUAGUAAAAUAAAAGCUUGUGUUAUUUUAAUAAAUUUUAUUGAAAUUAUUGUUAAGGAAGGCUUAUCAAUUUAGGCUACCUGUAAACUAAAAUUUGUUAUUUUUAGACUCUGAUUUUAUGAAAGUUCAGUAUUAUAUUUGUUUGCUGUUCUCUAUGUGAUACAAUAACGAUGUUUCAAAACUAUUACAUUCAUCAACAUACUCUUGUUAUAAGUUGUUCAUAAUUUGAAUUAAUUUUUCUUGUUCCUAAAUAAUUGAAAUACUUUUUAUAUAUUGAUCCAGUUUUUGUGAUUUAUGUGUUCUGUUUUUGUCAUUGAUUUGUAUAAAAAUUACUCAUGUACAUUUGACAUUUGAUUUAUUGUAAUAAUUAUGUAAAAUAGGCUUAACUUUAUUUGUCUCUUUGUUGGAAAAUACUGUACCUUAUUUUAUCACUCAGCUGCAAAAUACUGUAACUUAUUCAUCACUUAGUUGGAAAUACUGUUCUUUAUUUUAAAUAUAAAUAGCAGCUAAAUUGUUAUGUUUAAGCUUGUACAUUAAAAGAAAAGAACCGUG